AGCAGGGCCUGGUCACCUUGCUGAAGGACGCUGCUCUCUGUAUUGGGAGGAUGGGAGGUGCCUGCCUAUAACAGGAACCAGAAUCAGGCUCGGAGUGCAGGCUCAGCUCACAGUUCCGGUACGGGAGCAAAGAGACGUGGCGGCUGGCAGUCUGUGCAAACCAUGCAGGAUGAUUUACUGAUGGACAAAAGCAAAGCUCAUCAGAGACAGCAGCAACAGCAGCAACAGCAACAUCCAGCCCCACCAUCCUCCUCCUCCCAAAGUCAGCAGGAAGCCAGCACAGAAGCCCCCUGUACUGCAGAGCUCCCCAGCCCAGAGAACAGCCCCAGUGUCAAAGAGAAGAUGGAGUCCCCCAUUCUCCCUGGUCUGAGCUUCCCUCAACCUGGUCAGCAGGAGCCCCCCAGCGCCCCUUCUCUGUCCCCUUCUUUUGGCAGCACUUGGUCCACCGGAGGCACUAGCAGUGCAGUGGAUGACGGCUAUUUCCAAGGGAUUACCCCUGUGAAUGGAACUAUGCUCUUCCAAAAUUUCCCCCACCAUCACCACGUCAGUCCUGUUUUUGGGGGUACAUUCCCCCCCCAGCUGGGGGUCACACAUCAGACUCAGCAGCAGCAACAGAGGAGGUCACCUGUGAGCCCCAGUACCCAUGCCCCUUACAACCAGAGAAACACUUACAGUCAUCAGGCUAUUCUGACCAACAAGCCCUCCUCCUCACCUUCUUCCUCCAGCUGGAAUAACCAGCAGAAUGCUGGCUGGACCAACCCUUCCAACCCAUGGGGGACCUUGCAGCCUGGAAGAGACCCCCGCAGGGCUGUGGGAGUGGGGGUAGGGGUGGGAGUUGGUGUCCCCUCACCACUCAAUCCCAUCUCCCCAUUGAAAAAACCUUUCUCCAGCAAUGUCAUCGCUCCUCCAAAAUUCCCUCGAGCAUCUCCGCUGACACCCAAACCCUGGGUGGAGGACAACGCAUUCAGGACAGACAAUGGCAAUUCACUACUGCCUUUACAGGAUCGAAAUAGACCCUUUGACUCUUUUAACUUGCACUCUUUGGAGAAUUCCCUUAUGGAUAUGAUAAGGACUGAUCAUGAACCUCUGAAAGCUCGAAUGGGGAUAAAUUUUCAUCACCCAGGAACAGAUAACAUUAUGGCACUCAAUACCAGGAGCUAUGGGCGUAGACGAGGUCGUUCUUCACUCUUUCCCUUUGAAGAUGGCUUCUUAAGUGACAGCCAUGGUGACCAAUCAUUGUCAUCCGGCUUAAGUUCUCCAACACAUUGUCAGAAUGGCGAACGGGUAGAACGCUAUUCGCGGAAGGUGUUUGUCGGAGGAUUGCCCCCUGAUAUUGAUGAAGAUGAAAUCACUGCAAGCUUUCGACGAUUUGGACCUCUAGUAGUGGACUGGCCUCAUAAAGCAGAGAGCAAAUCUUAUUUCCCCCCAAAAGGUUAUGCCUUCCUGCUCUUUCAAGAUGAAAGCUCCGUGCAGGCCCUGAUAGAUGCUUGUUUAGAAGAAGAUGGCAAGCUGUACCUAUGUGUGUCAAGCCCAACUAUCAAGGAUAAACCAGUCCAAAUUCGGCCUUGGAAUCUGAGUGACAGUGAUUUUGUGAUGGAUGGCUCUCAGCCUCUUGACCCACGAAAAACUAUAUUUGUGGGAGGUGUUCCACGGCCCUUAAGAGCUGUUGAGCUUGCAAUGAUCAUGGAUCGUUUAUAUGGAGGCGUGUGCUAUGCCGGUAUUGAUACAGAUCCAGAAUUGAAGUACCCAAAAGGUGCGGGUCGGGUGGCGUUCUCCAAUCAGCAGAGCUAUAUCGCUGCAAUCAGCGCUCGCUUUGUUCAACUCCAGCACAAUGACAUUGAUAAACGGGUGGAAGUGAAGCCAUAUGUGCUGGAUGACCAGAUGUGUGAUGAAUGCCAGGGCACGCGCUGUGGUGGGAAAUUUGCCCCGUUCUUCUGUGCCAACGUUACUUGCUUGCAAUAUUACUGCGAGUACUGCUGGGCUAGCAUCCACUCCCGUGCUGGCAGGGAAUUCCACAAACCACUGGUGAAGGAAGGAGGUGACCGACCACGCCACGUUCCCUUCCGCUGGAGCUGAGCACCUCAGUUGACCUUGGUGCACACGUGGUAGAGAUCGAGGGAAGAAGACAAGGAAGUAUUCUGGAAAAUCUGCUCAUGCUCCUUCGAUCUGCUGAAGAAAUGGUCUUUUAGUUGUUUUGUAUUAUAAUUAUAAUUUACAGUCACCUUACUGAACUUAGUGUCCAGUAUAAUGCAAACCUGCAGAGUGUAUCUGUACUGAUUUUUGCACUUUGAUUUAUAUAAAAAAACCAACCAUCAGCUUGGUACCUUUUAAUUUCCUGCACAGAACUUGUAUCUGUAAACAUCUCAUUAGGCUGGUGCAAAUCCCUCUCCCCGACAGUUAUUGUUGGCGUGAUGAAGAAUUUUUGUCCUACUCUGGAGCAUGCACUUAUCUUUUCUGAUUGACGUACAUUAUACUCCCUCCACCCUUAGAAGAUGACUUACCAAAGGUACCCUACGUCAGUGGAAGAUGUAGCAAAAAUUGUACAACUGCUUGAAACAAAUCUCAUAGAGUACAAUAAUGUGUAACACAGAACCCGUACUGCUAAACUAGCCUACAUCUCCAGUAUUGAUGGGUUUAAAAGAUUUCUUUUUUAUUAUAUAUUUUUGCGUUAAAGAAUUGUUUACUGA